GGUAGCAAGCAGGCAGCUCACACUCAUCUAGUCUAGAGACGUUCAACACAAUCGUAUUUCUAUUCAAGGAGGCGAAGAAGGGAAGGUAAACGUUGUCGAAGAACGCGAGGACUUUUUAGGCCAGAGAGCGCGUUUAUUAGGAAAUUAGAGCGCGUCUUUGGGAUCUACGGAUUUUUGUAAACAGUUUCUUCAGUUACAGUUUAUGGCAGUUCAGGCUUAACUGUAGCUGAUACAUUGUAACAACUAGAAAAAGGAAACGAAAGGGGACCAACGUUCACCAGGUAUGUAACAAUUAAAAUACAUCGUUGGAAGAAGUUAUUGGGCUAUGACAAUAAUGUAACAAGUUGUAGCCUUGAUACAAUGUUGCAGCACUGUUCUAUUAUUGCCGACAAUUGGUAUGUUUACUCAUCUUCCUGAUGUGGAUUUACUUGCAAGACCGGUUUUGAGUUACAUUGAAUCUGGUGCUGUUUUACUGCAUUUUGCAUUUACCUUUUUACUUUUUGUGUGUUUUAAAACGAAUGUAUUUUAUUUUCUAUUUAGCUUGGUUGAUUUGUGCAAAUAUUCCAUGAUCAUAUUGACUUGAUUUGCCUAUGUGAUUGUGAUGUCUUGAGUGCCUCUUGAUUUGCACUGUUCUGUGGAAGGUUGAGUUUAAUCAAGUUGCUUUGCAUUUUGCCCUGAGGUUUUGACAGCAGUGGUUAUAAAGUAGUUGUAGGACUGCAAGUGCAGACCUAUCAUGAACUGAGGAAUAGUGGAUUAGCAGGUGGUGUUUGUGCAGUUGUUUGCAAACACUCUCUGAAUGCACAUUGAUGAUAAACAAUCAAAUUAUAUUAUUCACAUAACUAAAGGUCGUUCAGCAAUAUUGAAUUAUUUGUGACAUAGUCCUCUAACUUGCAAGAAAUGGGUAGUUAACAAUCCCAUGGCUAAAGCAAGUGGAGCCUGUGUGUGUGAGAGAGAGAGGCCAGCUACACAUGCUGCAAAGGAGGAGUGUGCCAUGUGGUCCCAUCAGCAACUAACAGGGCUCUAACUGCUAACUGCCACUCUUCCUUCUGCAGCCCUAGUACUGCAGAACUUACAAAGGAAACUCAGACAGAGUGGAGGGAGUGCCUCUUCCUCUGUCAGUCAGUCAGCCAGUCAGUCAGUCACACACACAAACACACACACACACACACACACACAUACACACACACAGACAGACACACACACACCCCCACACCCCAAAACACACGCAUGCACACACACACACACCAACACUCUCUGGUCGGGCAGAACCUCUUGCCUAACCCGUCUUGUGUUCUCUCUCCCAGGCAUGGCGGCGGCGUUGCCCAGAACUCUGGGGGAGCUGCAGCUCUACCGAAUCCUCCAGAGGGCCAACCUGCUGUACUACUACGAGGCCUUCAUCCAGCAGGGAGGAGACGACGUGCAGCAGCUCUGUGAGGCCGGGGAGGAGGAAUUCCUAGAGAUUAUGGCUUUGGUGGGCAUGGCCAGCAAGCCCCUGCACGUCCGGAGGCUCCAGAAAUCCCUGCGAGACUGGGUCACCAAUCCAACGUUGUUUAAUCAGCCCCUGACAUCUGUACCGGUGUGUAGUAUACCAGUCUAUAAGUUACCCGAGGGGUCACCCACACCAGUCAGCGCGGAGCGAGGGGGUAACAGCAGCGCCCGUGGCGAGACCCAUGGCAAGGUACCCAAAAUCAUGGCUGCGACAUGUCUGGAACCAGGAAAGCUGGAAGUGGCCAAGGACAGAGUGUCAGGGGGAUCUCCGCUGCAGAGCGGCAGCGAGGGGCGCUUCUGGUCGGGUCACAGUAACGACAGCGAACAGAGCCUCUCUCCGUCCGACCGGGGGUCUCCGUCAUCCCCCCGAGAGGGUCUGGAGGCACUUGACGCUGCAGCUUUGCAGUCUGUCCUGGAGUGUGUGGACCGGAUGACCCCGGCCCUGCCAAAGAGCGACCCCGCGGAGGUCAAAGAGCAGCUGAAGACCAAUAAGAAACUUGCCAAGAUGAUUAGCCACAUCUUUGAUAUGAGUGAUGAUGAUCCAAGGAGAGAGGAGGAGAUCAGGAAGUAUAGCGCCAUCUACGGACGCUUCGACUCGAAGAGGAGGGACGGCAAACAACUGACGCUUCAUGAGGUAGGGAUAAGAGAUGGGAUCCUUUUGCAGUACUAGGCUAGUAUGCUCAGUGGCAGUGCAAUACUAGUAACAAACCUCAGUUCCACAAAUAAGAGGCGAAAACUACAAAAGGUAAAUCACCUGAAGAAAAUGUGUGUGCUUGCUUCAGCUGUCUAAAAGUAGGUCGGUAGUGGUAGAAGUUACAACUGAAGAGUUCACUGACAGAAUUGUGUAUCUCCAGUUAUAGUUGACAACAUGACUUAUUAUCAUCUGUGUUCUGUCUUUCAGCUGACAGUGAACGAAGCAGCAGCCCAGCUGUGUAUGAGAGACAUGGUACUACUGACCCGUAGAGACGAGCUGUUUGGUCUGGCCAGGCAGAUCUCCAGAGAGGUGACCUACAAAUACACCUACAGGACCAGCAAGUAAGAGCCACUGCACCUCACGCAACCUUGCUUGUUAGAGUUAGUAAUGCUAAAGGAAGUUGGUAAGCAUGGGUGACUUAUUUACAUGCUAAAUACAUUUUCUCCUCAUGGUUAUUACUAUGUAACGAAUGACUGUAAUGUGUUCAAUUUUACGGAGACAUAUUUUUAAGUUAUGUAAAUUAUCGUAUGGUAUCAUUAAUGUAAUGUUCAGACUAUGCUUUCCAUAUCUUUCAAUGUUUCUCUGCAAACAAACUGAAGAUAAUGUAUUGUCUUCUCCACUCUAGGUCUCGCUGCGGAGACAGAGAUGAGCCGUCUCCUAAAAGAAUAAAGACAGAGGAGAACUUCUUUGACAUCCAGGAGGCUCUGCAGGCCAUCCACAUGAGACAGGGCAUACUGAGGGAACAGCUAGCCUGCGCCAAGUCCAAAGGAGAGGAGAUAGUUGGGAGAAACCUUCAGGUAACAUGCUUGAAAAGUGGAUUAUAAUAUGUGAACAUUACAGGAGACACGUUUAUUUGACACUGUCAUUUUUGGAGGCAGGUUUUUGACACUACAACGUUACGUUACUGUAGCUAGCAGAAAAGAGUAGGAGCAGUUGCUAACGAACUGUAAAUGUAUUGUGUUUUAACAGGUGCAGUUGGACCGUCUGUUAGCCAGACAGAUGGAGAUCCUCCAUGAGGCGGCGGUACAGGAGAGGUUACAUGCUCUGGACUGGAGGAUACCUGCAGGGGCUUUGAAGUACCUCAGUGAGCCUCCAGGCAGCAACGGCACGUCGGUAGACAAAAGCACAGAGCACCAAGGUGAUGAUACUGUCUGUCUUCUGCAACUCUCUUUGUAGUAUGCUCCUACAUGAGUGUUAUACUCAUGCUCCAAAUUCACAGCUCUGGGAACCACCAUUUCCAGCCUUCAAAUCUUAUCUUAUAAGUCAGGGAAUCAGUUGAUAUCUUUUUUUCACACUUCUCAAAGUGAGGAGGAAUCAUAACUGUAUUAAGCCUUAGCCAUCCCUCAGGGACUCAUCCCAUUUUCAUCCUUUUCUCACUCAUCCUUUUCUCUCUCUCACGGCCCAUGCUCCUGACAGCUCAUUAUAUUCAUGUUACCCAUAAUUAUCCUCUCUCUGCUCCUGUCAUUAACUCUCCCACGCCUGUUUACCUCCUCCGCCAUGUUGCUGCCCAGGGGCGUCCCUCUCUCUCUCACUCUCUCUCUCUCUCUCUCUCUCUCUCUCUCUCUCUCUCUCUCUCUCUCUCUCUCUCUCUCUCUCUCUCUCUCUCUCUCUCUCUCUCAUCCUGUCUCCUUCAUAAGCUAUUAAAAGCACCUUAUUCAAGUUGAAUAAGAAGAAGAGUAUAAAGGUUUUUUUGGCACCGAGUGGCGUAUAAACUUGGGCCCACAGCAAAAUGUGCAUCAGAUCUCUCAAGAUUUUGAGAGGCAGAAUGUUAAUGUCGUUUUCUGUGUCAUCUAAGCAGCUUCUUGAAUGAUACAGUAACAGCAGUGCCAAUGGAAUUUAUCCUGUAUUAUGGCAGUGUGUAUACCAAUGGUUUAUCCAUGCCCUAAUGUUUGUUUGUCUGUGUGUUUAUGUGUGUUUUCAGACGAGCGACCAAUGAACUUGCGGGUGGCCAGUAAGAGUGUGGCAGAGGGGGAGCUUCCCCUGGGGAAGCAGCUAGCCAAUGAGCUCAAACGUUACCAUAACAACCAUAACACAGAUGAGGCCAAAACACCAGCAACAGGUACAGCACCACUCAUGCAAAUGUAUGUUCACUCUUGAGUCACAUAUGUGUAAUCGUGUAUUCAUAUACAUACACACUACAAACAGCGAGUAUUAGUAAGGGUCUGUUGCACGCACAUACCUGCCUACAUUCAAGCUACAGUAUGAGUGUAUAUGAUCAGAAAAUACAUGGUAUGUUUUAAUCUGAUUAUAUUUUCUUUGUGUUGCAUUUUACCUUAGAGAAUGGAUCCUCACAUCAAGCGGCCAACCACACUGACAGGAAGACCAUCAAAUCAGAAACAGAGGAUUCCACAUAGUGCCUCCCAUCCUUUGUCUGUUUUCCCAUCCGGUUUUAGUCAUCAUUUACACUAUUUACAGUAAGCAUCUAUCUCAGUCAAAUCAAUGGAUACUAAAGCAAGCACAGCCACAGUAGAGCCUUAACAACCAACGUUGCCUCAAAAAUAGCAUUUAUUUUCUUUAAUUUUGUCUAAGGUUUUUGCCAAAGCGUCUAGACUAGAGCAUAGAUUCAGUCUUGGGGAAAACUGAACAGGACAGGGAUGUCCUUUCACAGGAUACCUUUCAUGCUGUAAAGGUCUUUAUGUAUUUAUUGAUCGAUUGUACAUUAUGUUAUUUAAGAAUGAUGGGUACGAAAAGUAGUCUUGAAUGACCAUCCUGAUCUCCUGAGCUUACAUUCUGUUUCGCUACAUGAAUUUGAAUGAAGUUAAGUGAAACGAGAGCGCAGCGGUCAGGAUGGUGGAUCAGGCUAUACGAAAAAGAACAACGAAUAACAUUUGUUGUAUUCUUUUUACCCCAAGCUAUUUUUGGCUUGUUGUGUUCGAUUGGUGGGCAACUGAUGUACUAUAAAGAAUACAGUAGGAUUCUGUUUUAAUCAGAGGUGAAAAGAAAGAGCUAUCUGUAGAGGAGAAAUUAUAGUUUCGCUUCCUGCUAAUGUAUGUACUGUAUGUAUUUAUGAGUGGUACUGUAAAUUAAACUGAGGCUGCAGAAUGUUUUGUGUAUAGAACUCCAGUUAGAGUUCAGAUCAGUGUUAUGGGAUAGGUCGGCCCAGGGACGGACUGGGACCAGAAAUCGGCCUUGGCAUUUUCUUACUUUGAGGCCCCAACACCGGCCCAUUUCUAUCCUCAAGGUCCCCAUACCGGCCCAUUUUUUCCGUUGAGGCCCCCAUUAAUAGCCAGAUCAUGAUAAUUGUGCGACAAAAAAAAAUGACCAGCCCUCCUGGCAUUUGCCCAAAUGCCAGAUGGCCAGUCUGCCCCUGGGUUGGCCUAGACAUGGGAUGGGGCCUACAGUAUGUCAAUCAAAUCGAGUUUCCUGGAUGAGUCUGUCAAACACAUGGUUGCUCGAUCCUUUACUGUAAGAAUGUACAUUUGAACCUCAACACAACAUUAAUUGAGUUACUCAUUUUAUUGAGUAGGGCCCCUGGUCUGUUAUUAGGGCUGGGAAUUGCCAAGGACCUCAAGAUACAAUAUUAUCAUGAUACUUUGGUGCCGAUACGAUAUGUAUUGUGAUUCGAUACUGCAAUUCUAUUGCAAUUCAAUGUUCCAAACAUAUUGCUCACCAUGUCUGCUGGAGAGGG